UCCAUCACAUGGUUUUGCUUCCAUUUCCAGCUGUACCUUGGGAGCAUAACGAACUAUAUAAUCAAGUCAUUUACAUUGCCUUCUAACAUCACAAGCUUACCAUUCAGAUCUCAAAUUCUUCCUUCUAUUAUUCUCUUCAAACCUUUUUGAUUCAGUUUAUUAACUAUUAAGAUGAUCAAUCACAAGAAACUCCUGAAAUUGGCUAAGAAAUGGCAGAAACUCGCUGCUAUUAGGCGAAAACGAAUCACUUCGCCUCAAAUUGCAGGUUCAAUUAGCUCUUGCAGCACAUCAUCAAAAGCUGAAAAGGGACAUUUCGUAGUUUAUUCUUCUGACCAGAAACGUUUCUUGCUGCCUUUGGAGUAUCUUAGCAACCAAAUAAUUCGAGAGCUAUUCGACAUGGCAGAGGAAGAGUUUGGAUUGACUAGCGGUGGACCUCUUACGCUACCAUGUGAUGCAGAGCUCAUGGAAUAUGCAAUUUGUUUGAUAAAAAACAAGGCUACAAGUGAUGCAGAACGAGCCUUGUUGACUUCCAUAGCUAGCAGUUGCUGCUCAUCAUCCUUGCAUCAAACGACAAUCAAACAAUUACCAAUUUGUAGCUUUUGAAUAGAUACAAUUAGAUUUGUAGACAUAGAUAUACAAAACUGUACAUCAAUAUAUAUUUUAAAUGGAAUCUCAAAUUUUUUGUUUACAACUA